GGGUCGUUUCAGUGUGGGACCGGUGGCGGACAGUCGGCCACCAAUGUCUGCUGCACCCGGUGUGUGAUGGAGUUUCGUUGACUGUCAGCCUCUGACGCUACGUGACUCUUGUGUUCGCUGCGUGUGUCCGUUCACACCGUGAGAUCUACCGGGAGAAGUGACCGGCGCGACAUGGCGGAGAACAUGAUCAUCAGGGUACAGUCCCCCAGCGGGAUGAAGAAGAUCCCUGCGACCAAGACGGAGACCGCUGAUGCGUUUUUUGAAAAGGUGGCCACAGAGUUUGGGUUCAUCUCCAAUGGGUUUUCUAUUUACCUGAACCGCAACAAGACCGACGAGAUUCUUUCCCAGAACGUAUCCCUCGGCUUGCUUAAGAUCAAGCAUGGCGACAUGUUGUAUCUGUACCCUUCAGGCUCCUCCACCUCCUCCGGGGAGGUGAUGGACACGGCCACCCCGCACACAUCUUCAUCGCUACCGUCCAUCUUGUCAUCUUCCUCAUCGUCCAACAUGAUCCCUCGGUCCUUCUCAUCACCCCUGGUCCAGGAGGAUGAAAUUGAUCAGUAUCUGACCAAGCAAGACGGCAAGAUCUACAGGAACAAAGAUCCUCAAUUAUGUCGCCAUGGUGCCCUUGGAAAAUGUGUGCACUGUGUACCGUUAGAGCCUUUUGACGAAGACUACCUGAAUCACCUCGACCCACCAGUGAAGCACAUGUCAUUCCACGCAUACCUUCGCAAGCUGACCGGAGGAGCUGAUAAAGGGAAGUUUGCAGCUCUGGAGAACAUCAGCUGUAAGAUCAAGUCGGGCUGUGAGGGCCACCCUCCCUGGCCAGAGGGGAUCUGCACUAAGUGCCAGCCCAGUGCGAUCACACUGAACAGACAAAAAUACAGACACGUGGAUAACAUCAUGUUUGAGAACCACACCAUUGCCAACCGCUUCCUGGACUUCUGGAGGAAGACGGGCAGCCAGAGGAUGGGAUACUUGUACGGCAAGUACACUGAGCACAAAGACAUCCCGCUGGGCAUCAGGGCUGAGGUGGCUGCCAUCUACGAACCUCCACAGAAUGCCACUCAGAACAGCCUGGAAAUGUUGGAGGAUCCCAAAGCUGCAGCUGUGGAUGAAAUUGCUGCCAAACUGGGCCUGUGCAAGGUGGGCUGGAUCUUCACAGACCUGCUCUCUGAGGAUACGAGGAUAGGCACUGUCCGCUACACAAGAAACAAGGACUCGCACUACCUGAGCGCAGAGGAGUGCAUCACAGCAGGGUACUUCCAGAAUCUACACUCAAACCCCUGCAAACUCUCUCGAGACGGACAUUUCGGAUCCAAAUUCGUGACGGCGCUGGCGACCGGAAGUCCAGACAACCAGGUGCACUUUGAGGGAUACCAGGUGUCCAAUCAGUGCAUGGCCCUGGUGAGAGACGAGUGUCUGCUGCCCUGCAAAGACGCCCCCGAGCUGGGCUACGCUAAAGAGUCCAGCUCUGAGCAGUACGUCCCAGACGUCUUCUUCAAGGACACAGACAAGUUUGGAAAUGAUGUCACGUUUCUCGCUCGGCCUCUUCCUGUGGAGUAUCUCAUUAUAGAUAUCACCACCACGUUUCCAAAGGAUCCUCAGUUCACCUUCUGCUCCAAACAACCCUUCCCCAUCGAGAACCGUGAUAUACUCGGAGAGACUCAAGACUUCCACAGUUUAGCCACGUACCUGUCCCAGGGCACCUCCACGGCUUUCUUGGACAUCGUGUCCGACUUCCAUCUGCUCCUCUUCCUCGUCACCAAUGAAGUCAUGCCUCUGAGAGACAGCAUCGGGUUGCUACUCGAGGCAGUGAAGACUUCUAACGAGGAUCUGGCACAGACCUGGAAGAAGUCUGAGCAGUGGGCCACCAUCGAGCAGCUGUGCAGUACGGUGGGGGGGCAACCCUCCAGCUCUGUGGGAUUCGGGGCCAUGGGGGGCCCCUCAGUCCCGGCCUCCUCCUCAGCCAUGUGGUCCUGCCUCCACUGCACCUUCAUGAACCAGCCCGGCACAGAGCACUGUGAAAUGUGCAGCCUGCCCCACAGUUAAACACCCGCCACCCUUCACCCCCUCCCCCUGCGUCCGUGAUCUCACACAGCCCCGCCCAGCCGCCCUCUUAACUCGCCGAUGACGCCGCUGCGCCCGGAGCAGGCUGCUGUGACAGCGGAGGGAUGCACCCGUUUACAUCCAGUUCGUUCAAUGAAUAAAGUUCAAUCAGACUUUCCUUUGUGUGUCCCUCCUCACAGCGGCUCUGGUGAGUGGCCGGUUCUUUACAGUUGAGCACUUUUGGCUGAGGCCCUUUCCCCUGAAAUAACCCCCCUCCCGUGGCUCAGAUAAAUCCUGCUGUGACUCAGGACGACAGCAAAGACUCGAGUGUUUGGACGUUCGCUCACAUCAGUGCCCCGCUCACUUCGUCUUCUGGAGAAUUUUGCUGUGUAUAAAUACAUUUGAGGAAUGAAACUGUUAUUUAAUUAAGCGUCUUCUUUUUCUUUUUUUUAUCUGAUUGUAGCGAUACCUUAAAAUUUUGAAUCUUCAGCGUGGACUCUGCUCCGUCAGGUUUUUACAGGUCUCGGUGACGAGCCCCUUAAAGUACAAUCAUCGGCCAAACGAAAGCGUCACGAGCUCCCGAGUGGCUCCGUUCAAGUAGAGACUUUAUUUUCAGUAUUAAAUAUCUUUAAAAAUGUUUGGAAAGAAAAGUCCUGGGUUGGAGACGGUAGAUGAGAUCCUCCGCUGAGUGCAGCUUGUGCUGCGGCCUUUGUGACUGACGUCCCUCUAACUUGAAGUGGUUCCUAAAGAUCUUUCACUGGUUUGUUGGAAUUGUAGUUUUUAGUUUUGAUGGUUUGAACUUGGCAGAAAGACGAAGCUUAUUUUAUCACCAUCCAUCGUUGUCGACAUCCCGACGCGCUUAUAGAAACAACUGGUGCUCGCCACGUCCCUCUCUGUCACGUCCCCGCACCUGGUUCUCAUCUUUCCUUUUUCUCGCCGUCGGAUCCGAACCAGCCUUUCUCCGCUGACGAGCCCCUCUGGGACUUUCCGUCGUUCAGCCUUCAAAAGAUGUUCCUGCUCAGACAGAAAGAGGUCGUGGGUCAAUGUGGGGAGAAAGAGACACUUUCGAUAUCGCCUGUCUCUUCUGAUGUCUCGUCUGUCAGCAGGAUGACGAUGAGAAGUGUAAUUACUCCGUCGACUUUCACCCAGAGAGCUGAGCUUCCUCCGGCAGCAGAGGAGGCUUGAAUGAUUUACAGAUUUACUGUUGUCAGUGUCUUUGUUGCAGCUCAGUCUGAAAACAGUGUGAGAAGCAGAUUAAACCCUGAGAUAUAUGCACAUUGUCUUUAUCUAGAACAAUGGAGGUGAAGGAUAUUUAAUAUGUGACGCUCACGACAUUUACAAAGUUCAGUUUCUCUGCUUUUAACAGUUUCAUGAGCAGAAAUGUCAGAACGAAACUUCUCUAAAGCUCACGACAGAUAAAACAAGACGAUCUUCAUAUUCCAUUAAAAAUACUUUACAGAAACUUUCCCUUUAACAUGUUCCAGUCAGUGGAGAGCGUAUCAGGAUCUUCAGUUACAGCUUCUUCUUUAACUUCUUAGUUUCCUCUGGGUUUUGAAUAUUGGGACCAAAACUUCAACGUUUGAAUCGUUUAGGUUCAGUUCUGGUUUAACAUCAUUAACACGUGGCAGCAAAAUGUUUCCUUUGUCUCCACUUCGUCCAAAAUGAUCAGAAACAUCUCAAACACAUUGAUAGACUGAUAGAACCUCGUCAUCGCUCCUACACGGAGCCCGUGUGUGUCUGCAGGGGGCGCUGUUGCUCAGUCAAAGUUACAUAGUGUUGCAUUAAAGUGUGUAGUUUUAAAGAUGAAUAGCAUUUGAGGAAUGUGACCAAAAUGACUUUACUUCUCAUUUAAUAUGAGGGAAUCACAAAUAAACCAAUUUGGUGUUUUUUUUUUUAUUCUUAAAUAGCAAAUGACACAGAUUCUAAAAGUAAACAACAAAUGGCAGUUUCCCAUAUUUGCAUCAUUUGACUGAUCUGGAAUCAUGUGAAUCCACGACCUCGAUACGUUCGCUGCUGACUGCCGUCGACUGAAUUCGACUCAAACAUAUCAACACAUCACGUAACUCUGCACUGUGGCUCUUUUCUUAACUGAACCUCCAGAAGGAAAACCGAGUGAAUCUCUAGAACCUGUCCAGUUGACCCGGGGCCGUCGUCUCCGGGGAAACGGGCCUCUUCAGUAAAGUGGGCGGGUCAUGGGCUGCACAUUUAGAUAUUUAUGAGACGUGUGCUUCUUCGUCAGAGCUUGACAGUAAUUCCAUGGAUGAAGUGAGAAUAUAUUUUAAUUGUAGAUUGAAAAUGCUUGGAUUGUUUUUGGCCCCUGUGUGAAUAAUGUGAGAGCAUCUUCUCCGAUGUCAUGGUAACGGACGGCAGCGACCUUUUCCUUUUGUACUGGUCCGGGACCCGUUUGCUGAGCGAGCUCGCUCCUGGAGCUACCGCAGGUCCUCGCGCUCCGCUGAGUUAAAGGACGCUGAGUCGUGUGCUGUUCACCCGGAUUUGAAACAAAAUAGAAUUAAAAAAAAAAUGAAAUAAACAUCAAAAAUUCCUUUUGCA